AUGGCACCUCAGUCCAUGCUAGAUAUGAAGAAUUCCUUCCUAGGAAUGGCUGAUAUCGACUGGGAUGGCUCUACCCCUCGUUUGAUCGAGUAUCGAGCCCCGCAGAAGAGGGACGACUCCCAACCUUCAUUGAAUAGCCUGGGAAAUGAACUAAUUGUCAUCAUCUUCGACAUUAUCAGUACUGAAAGUCCGAAAUCCAUGAAGAACCUCGCACUGGUUAGUUCGCACUACUACCAUGUAGCGCGGUAUUGUCAGCAUCGAGAGAUAUGCCUCGAUAUAUCAAAGAAAAACAAAGAGCGGCUUCAAGAGCGGCUCGCAUACAUCGUGAAAAGUGGACUUUCGUCAGCUGUUCGACGCAUUAACGUGCGAGGCCACGAGUAUGGGGAAAACGUCGAUGCCGUAGUCCAGCUCCUGCAAAAGACCACUGGCUUAAAGGACCUGGAGUGGUUCAACAAUGGCCCUCCCGUUUCGUCAAUUGGUGUUCCUGAGCAGGUCAUUGCUGCACUUCGCCCCAUGAAGCUGGUUCGCCUUUACACCAACCUCGAACAAGACAUAGCCAGGCCACGUAGGCCAACGCCGAAGUUCAUUACGCCUCUCCAAACAACAGGGAGUGACAAUCUGUAUUCGCUCAGAAUGUGCUUGACUUUCCAUGAGGAUGACGGCAUCAUCAAGAUGACGCGGAUUCUGAAGCAGAUACUUUUGUCCAGCCCCAACGUUCGCAAGCUUGCCAUUGACCUCGGCGCUCGGAGGCGCGGUCGUACAUUAAUCCCCGCACGCAGAUAUCUUGGCCUUGGAUUCGUGAACGGCGAGCGACCUCCAGCGCUAGAAGAGCUGGAGUUGCAAAAUUACCUCUUUGGACGUGCAAAAGAGCCCGGAGAAACGGGAUCAUUUGAAGGCUCCUUUGGUUAUCCUGGAAAGGGCUGGGAGGAGGAUUACUGGGUUGAGACAUUUGACUGGUCCAGAUUAAGAAAGCUACGGACCAAAGACUGGAACCUUGCCUUGAAGUUGGCACCAAAGCUUAUUUCGCUUGACGAAGCCUCAUUUGGACAAGACAGAGCAUGGAGCAAGUUUCCGGAAUUUUAUAGGGCGGUUCCCAACGCUCUCAGUACCCUCGUAUUCCCCAAACUUGCUUCACUGGGGGUUGAGAGAAUCGUUGCACACGCAUCUAAACUGAAAGUUCUUCAUAUUCAUCAAGAACAGUUCCGCCUUUGGGGAGUGCCAUACAAUUGGGCAGAAGACGCUAUCGACGCACCAUCGCUACUUAAAAUUCAACAAGAAUGCCCUGUAAUCGAGGAGCUGGCGCUUGAUAUCAACAGGCAAGGUGAUUGGCCGUACGAUAUUUUCGAUAUCUUGGCAGGGUUCCCCAAGCUACGAAGUUUGACAAUAUGGUUUGAGCUGUACUCGGAUGCGCUCCUGCAAUUCGUUCAGCCCCCUUUGACCUACUUUGCUGUCGAGUAA